GGAAGCAACAGCUCACAGCACCGGAUUCAACUCAACUGAACUGUUGUAUCCGUGAUUGAGGCACACAUCGCCGUUGCUUGCUAAUUCUGUCUAUAGUAUACCAUUUGUGUCUACUAUUCGUAUCUCUCUACAGCUUGUCACGUGCAACCACGAACGGACUCCCAGAAUGGGUUCUCAAGACUACCCGAGCCUACUGCUCCUCCCGCUCCCCACCCAGCCACCAUCACGGGCCUCGCUCAGCGCCGCAUACCGUCCCUCGCUACAGGCAGUCUUAUCCAAACUCAAGAACCCAAUUCGGUCUUCCGUACUUAUUGUAGCUGUCGUUGGCCCUCUUCUCCGCGGGGCAUCACCAAAAACCAAAUCGCUGUCAUGGCCGGCUACCCAGUCUCUCAUCGCCGGUCUCUACAGCCUCAUCGCCUUGAUGUGCGCCGAGCAGGCCAUUGCCAGUGAUGUCGACGGCGGACCUGGCGCGGUUGACGCACGCGUCGUCUUGGUGGACCACGAUGCCAACCGAAGGUUCGCGCCGGAUUUUCAGGCCGCCAUCGAUCCUAAUAACACAACGGUCGUGGACCUGCCGACCUUUGCCUCGGCAUAUCACCCCUGGAACUUCAUCUUCCAUAUCAAUAGUGAACAAGGCUAUCGUACAUUGUCGACAUAUCUCAAGUUCGCUGAGAGUAGGCAAACGAUUCUGCAGUCGCAACUGGUGGUUGUCGAGGCAGGUCUGAGUAUGAAUGUCGAGGGAUCGAGCGAGGAUCCAGUGGAAGAUACCCCGGGAUACAGCAUCGUCUGUCUAGGGGGCACGUUCGACCAUUUACACCCAGGCCACAAGUUACUCCUCACGGCAGCCGUACUUCUACUCCGGGUGCCGGUGAAGGACUCGACAUCGCAUUGCCGCUUGAUCGUCGGCAUCACCGGAGAUCAGAUGCUGGUCAACAAGAAACACGCAGAGCUCGUUCAAUCCUGGGAUGACAGAACCAAUUACACCCUCGAAUUCCUAUCAUCCCUUCUCGAACUAAAUAAGAGCGGGUGGAAGAAGAAGACAAGCCCGGCAGAGACGGUAACGAGACAGCCGGGCCGCGUCGAGGCUACCUUCCGCGACGGCGCCAUCGUCGUCGAGUGUGUCGAGUUCCAGGACGUCUAUGGCCCGACGGUGACGCUGGAGGAGAUGGAUGUGCUCGUAUACUCGGGAGAGACGCGGUCGGGAGGAAAGGCCGUCAACGACAAGCGGACGGCGCAAGGGUGGAAGCCGCUGGAGACAUUUGAAGUGGAGGUAUUGGAUGCCAGCGAGCAAGGGGAGGGGGCGAGCGAGACGGAGAACUUCGCGUCCAAGAUUAGCAGCACGGCGAUUCGGAAGCAAAAGGCUGAGGCAGCGGCCAAGGCAACGGCGACAGCCAGGCCAGAGAGUAAAAGCCGGCUGGCUUAGUCAGUCAAUGGUGAAUACGGUGGUGGGAAUAUCACGCUCAUGGCUAAACAAUACAGAGGCGUGACGUUUUGCAGUGCCUUUAAUUUCUGUAGGAAAGUGGCACCUUUGCCCACGCUUAGUUUGGCUCGAAGCGCCCAGAUGAGAACAUGAAUAAGCUCCUAGGCAGGCCAUUGCCCAGUUUCCCACCACUCAAGGCAAAGUCCAACGAAUUCAGUGGCAUUGUGCCAGGUUUCGACUGACUAUCUGCUUCGAUCUAACAAUUUCAAUAUACAACAUGGC